AUGUUGAGAGAAGUAAAAGCCAAGAACCCGCGCACUGCGCGUAUCCUGAAAGCUCGGGAGCCGCAACUCAUCGAAGGCCCGAAGAAGACGCUGAUUUUCCACGGCGCAAAAUGCCCUCAACCUCUGGACACCGUUCUGAAGACUUUCCACGCCUUGACGAAGCCCCACAACAUCCUCUUCCACAAGAAGAACGAGAACUUGCACCCAUAUGAGAACUCGGAGAGCCUCGAGUUCUUGGCCAACAAGAACGAAUGUGGCCUCGUAGCAUUCGGAAGUCACAACAAGAAGCGCCCUAACUGCCUCACCCUCGCCCGUGUUUUCAACUCAGAGCUGCUCGAUCUUGUGGAGCUUUUGCUGCUCCCCCCGCGGGACGGCGAGGUUAUCCCGCCUAUCAACGAACUUGUCAUGGACGUCGGUCUCGGCCUCCGUCCUAUGAUGCUCUUCACCGGUAGCCCCUGGGACGACCCCACAUCGACUUCCCACAUCAUCCUUAAGAGCACUCUUCUCGAUAUGUUCAAGGGCGAGGAAACCACCCAGAUCGACGUCGAGGGUCUGCAGUACGUUCUGAUGGUCGGCGCCGAGGAGCCCCAAGAUGGCCUCUCGCCCGUUAUUCACAUGCGCUGGUACCGAGUCAUCACCAAGCGCAGUGGACACAAGCUUCCCCGCGUCGAGCUGCAGGAGGUCGGACCCAAGUUCGACUUCAAGGUCGGCCGCACACGCCAGGCUGCUCCUGAGGUGCAGAAGGAGGCUAUGAAGCAGGGCAAGCGUCCGAACGAGGAGGGCCGCACCAAGAAGAACAUCAUUACCGACUCUAUGGGUGACAAGAUUGGUCGUGUUCACCUCGGCAAGCAGGAUCUGUCCGACUUGCAGACACGUAAGAUGAAGGGUCUCAAGCGUCGGGCGGGUAUGGAGUCUGAUGACGAGGAGCCCACGAUGGAGGAUAUGAUGGAGGAUGAUGUGAUCUCUGAUUCUGAUGAGGUUGAGGAGCUUGAGGAGGUUGAGGAGCCAAAGUCAAGCAACAAGAAGGCACGGAAGAACUAA